AUGGAGCUUGGAUCAAUUAUUAGUGCUGUGAGGAGUAAGAGGGUACUGCUCGGUGACGAAGUCCGUCCUGCUAUCAUCGUUAUAAAGGAUGGGAAGAUCCAUGAAAUACUCUCAGACAGCGACUUUUCUGGAGAUGUUGCUGGUGAGGUGUUGGAUGUGGGUGACAGGCUGGUGAUGCCAGGCAUUGUAGAUUGCCACGUUCAUGUGAAUGAACCAGGCCGCACCUCCUGGGAGGGUUUCUGGACUGCCACCAGGGCUGCUGCAGCUGGAGGGGUGACAACCAUUGUGGACAUGCCGCUAAACAGCAUCCCUCCAACGACCACACUUGGAAAUUUUCACGAGAAGCUGCAGGAGGCAACAGGGAAGUGUUUUGUGGACACAGCCUUCUGGGGAGGUGUGAUUCCUGGCAAUCAGUUAGAACUUCGGCCCAUGAUCCAGGCUGGAGUGGCUGGCUUCAAGUGUUUCCUCAUCCAUAGUGGGGUGGAGGAGUUCCCUCAUGUGAAUGACUGGGAUCUACACAGAGCCAUGAAGCAGCUGCAAGGCACAAGAAGUGUCCUGCUGUUUCAUGCAGAGAGGGAUGUUCAGCAGACAACAGAGGAGAAUGGCGACCCUUGUCAGUACUCCACCUUUCUGCAGUCCAGACCAGAUGACAUGGAGAUAGAUGCAAUUCGCACUGUCACAGAACUCUGCCUCCAGUACCAGGUGCGGUGUCAUAUAGUUCACUUGUCCUCUGCAAAGCCAUUGAAACUAAUCCAGGAAGCACGGCAGGCCGGAGCACCCCUGACAGUGGAGACUACCCACCACUACCUCAGCCUGUGUGCAGAGAACAUACCCGCAGGGGCUACACAAUUCAAGUGCUGUCCACCCAUCAGAGGAUCUGUUAACCAGGAGCAGUUAUGGUCCGCACUGAAAGCUGGGCAGAUUGACAUGGUGGUGUCUGAUCAUUCCCCUUGCACCCCUGAUCUGAAGAAACUGGAUAAUGGAGACUUCACUGAGGCUUGGGGAGGAAUUUCUUCUCUACAAUUUGGUUUGCCUCUGUUCUGGAGUUCAGCCAGUAAGAGAGGCUUUAAGCUGUCUGAUGUGGUGAGACUCCUCAGCUGGAAAACAGCCCAGCUAAGUAGUCUUGACAACCAGAAGGGCAGCCUUGCCCCCGGCUAUGAUGCUGACUUGGUCAUAUGGGACCCAGAGAGAGAAUUUGAAAUAAAAGAAGCAAGCAUUUAUCAUAAAAACAAGCUAACUCCUUACCUCGGUGUCACACUGCAAGGAGUGGUGUGUGUGACCAUUGUCAGGGGCCGGCUGGUGUACAGAGAAGGUUCCUUCUGCCCUGAGCCUCUGGGGAAGCAUCUCCUCAUCCCAAUCCAGCCCAACUGUGGAGCACAAUAA